AUGGGAUCACACAAGUUGGAUCCAAAUAAAUCACCAACAAGUCCCUUCAAUGAUGAUCAACAAUUCCAGGAUAUAAAUUUAGAUAAUGAUUUUAAUGAUGAAAAUUUAAAUGUUAAUUUUAAUACAAAUGAACUACCGAAAAGGUCUGGAACUGGUGCCUCUAUAUUAAGAAAAUCUUCAUCUCAGAAAAGAAGAAAUAAUCCAAAUGCAAGAAUUGUAUUUAGUGAUCAUGAUACAACGAUAAAUGAAGAUGAUAAUAUUAGUAAUGAAUUAACUAAAUCAACUUCAAAUGAAUCAUUUCAACAUACUCCAAAAAAUCUCCAACAAACUCCAAGAUUUGAAGAUGAUCUUAAUAAUGAAGAUACUGUUAUUGAUGCUUCAGAUAUCAAAAGAAAAGAUUCUGUUAUGAAAAGACAUCGUUGGGGUACUCAACGUAAUAAAAAGGGUAAACCAACUGUUGGUAGAGCUAAAACUCUUAGAUGGAAAUCAAGACAUGAAAAACCUCAUGAUGAUAAUUCAACUGAUGAUGAAUUAAGUGAAGAAGAAAAACAAAAAAAUAGAGCUAAUGAAUUCCGUUCAAUUUAUUUUAAUAUGCCAUUACCACAAGAAAUGGUUAAUGAAAAUGGUGAACCUUUAGCUCAAUAUCCAAGAAAUAAAAUAAGAACUACAAAAUAUACUGCAAUUACAUUUUUACCAAAAAAUUUAAUCUUACAAUUUAAAAAUAUUGCAAAUAUUUUCUUCUUAAUUAUGGUUGUUAUGGGAUUUUUCAGUAUUUUUGGUGUUCCAAAUCCUGGGUUAUCAAUGGUGCCCUUGGUUGUUAUUGUUAUUAUCACAGGUAUUAAAGAUGCCGUAGAAGAUUCAAGACGUACUGGUUUAGAUAUGGAAGUUAAUAAUACUCCAACACAUAUUUUAGAUGGUGUAAUAAAUCAUAAUCAAAUAGAAGAUAAUAUUUCAUUAUGGAGAAGAUUUAAAAAAUUAAAUACAAGAAUGGUUUUCAGUUUUUUCAGAUUUUGUGAUGAACAUUUCACUAAAACUGGUAAAGAAAAGGCAAGAUUAUCAAAACUAGCAAAAGAAUCAAUGUCAAUGAGAAAAUCUUUUGAUUCAUUUGAAGAUAAUAGAAAAUCUGUUCAAUUGGAUGAUUUAUCAUCAAGACAAAGUUUUGAAAAUCCUUUUAAUGAUAAUAAUAACAUUUCAAAUAAUGAUUCAAUAAUAGAUCCAAAUAUAAAUUUAUCAUCAAAUCAAACUUCACCAAAAUUUGAAAAAAAUUAUUGGAAAAAUGUUAAAGUUGGUGAUAUUUUACGUAUUCAUAAUAAUGAUGAAAUUCCUGCAGAUAUUAUUUUAUUAUCAACUUCAGAUUCUGAUGGUGCAUGUUAUGUUGAAACUAAGAAUUUAGAUGGUGAAACAAAUUUAAAAGUUCGUCAAGCUUUAAAAGCUGGUCAUCAAAUUAGACAUUCAAAAGAUAUUCAACGUUCAAAAUUUUGGGUUGAAUCUGAAGGUCCUCAUGCAAAUUUAUAUAAUUAUCAAGGGAAUAUGAAAUGGUAUGGUGAAGAAUCUCAAAUUAGAAAUGAACCAAUCACCAUUAAUAACUUAUUAUUAAGAGGUUGUUCUUUAAGAAAUACUAAAUGGGCUUUAGGUAUAGUUGUUUUCACAGGUGCUGAUACUAAAAUUAUGUUAAAUUCAGGUUUAACUCCAACUAAAAAAUCAAGAAUAUCAAGAGAAUUAAAUUAUGCAGUUUUAUAUAAUUUUUUCCUUUUAUUUAUUCUUUGUUUUGUUUCAGGUUUAGUUAAUGGUAUAACGUAUAAUCAAGAUGUGAAUUCAAGAAAUCAAUUUGAAUAUGGUACAAUUGGUGGUUCUCCAAUAGGUAAUGGGUUUGUUGCAUUUUUCGUUGCAUUGAUCUUAUAUCAAUCAUUAAUUCCAAUUUCACUUUAUAUUUCUAUUGAAAUUUUAAAAACUGCUCAAGCUUAUUUCAUUUAUUCAGAUGUUAAUAUGUAUUAUGAAAGAUUAGAUUAUCCAUGUACACCAAAAUCUUGGAAUAUUUCAGAUGAUUUAGGACAAAUUGAAUAUAUUUUCAGUGAUAAAACUGGUACUUUAACUCAAAACGUUAUGGAAUUUAAAAAAUGUACCAUUAAUGGUGUUAGUUAUGGUAGAGCAUAUACUGAAGCUUUAGCAGGUUUAAGAAAAAGACAAGGUAUUGACGUUGAAGAAGAAUCUACAAGAGAGAAAAAAGCUAUAGUACAAGAUAAAGAAACCAUGAUUCAAAAUUUAUAUCAAAUGUCACAAAAUUCUCAAUUAAGACCAAAUGAAGUUACAUUUGUUUCAAAAGAAUUUGUUCAAGAUUUACAAGGUGCUAAAGGUGAUCCUCAACAACGUGCAAAUGAACAUUUUAUGUUAUCAUUAGCUAUUUGUCAUUCUGUUUUAGCUGAAAAGGAUAAGAAUGAUGAAGGUCGUGUCUUAUUAAAAGCUCAAUCUCCAGAUGAAGCAGCUUUAGUUGGUACUGCGAGGGAUGUUGGUUAUGCAUUCAUUGGAAGAACCAAGAAAGGUGUCAUAUUAGAAGUUCAUGGAGUUGAAAAAGAAUUCCAAGUCUUGAACGUUUUAGAAUUCAAUUCAACAAGAAAAAGAAUGAGUGCAAUUAUUAAAAUUCCUUCAGAAGUUGAAGGUGGUGAACCAAAAGCUUUAUUAAUUUGUAAAGGUGCUGAUUCAAUCAUUUAUUCAAGAUUAAAAUCACAAUCUGAUGAAACUUUAUUAGAAAGAACUGCAUUACAUUUAGAAGAAUAUGCAACUGAAGGUCUUAGAACUUUAUGUAUUGCACAAAGAGAAUUAAAUUGGGAUCAAUAUACAGAGUGGAAUAAAAGACAUGAAAUUGCUGCAGCUGCUUUAGUUAAAAGAGAAGAAAAAAUGGAAGAAGUUGCUGAUUCUAUUGAAAGAGAAUUAGAAUUAUUGGGUGGUACUGCUAUUGAAGAUCGUUUACAAGAUGGUGUUCCUGAUGCAAUUGCAGUUUUAGCACAAGCUGGUAUUAAAUUAUGGGUUUUAACCGGUGAUAAAGUUGAGACUGCUAUUAAUAUUGGGUUUUCAUGUAAUUUAUUGGGUAAUGAUCUGGAAUUAUUAGUUUUGAAAACAAGUGGAGAUGAUGUUGAAAAAAUUUCUAAUGAUCCAAAACAAAUUGUUUCACAUUUAUUAGAAAAAUAUUUAAAUGAAAAAUUCAAUAUGCAAGGUACAUGGGACGAAGUUGAAGAAGCUAAAUCUAUUCAUGAACCACCACAGGGUAAUUUUGGUGUUGUUAUUGAUGGUGACGCUUUGAAAAUUGCUUUACAAGGUGAUAAUAUGAGAAAAUUCUUAUUACUUUGUAAACAAUGUAAAGCUGUUUUAUGUUGCAGAGUUUCACCGGCUCAAAAAGCUGCAGUUGUUAAAAUGGUUAAAGAAACUUUAGAUGUUAUGACUUUAGCCAUUGGUGAUGGUUCUAAUGAUGUUGCAAUGAUUCAAUCUGCUGAUAUCGGUGUUGGUAUUGCAGGUGAAGAAGGUAGACAAGCUGUCAUGUCUUCAGAUUAUGCAUUUGGUCAAUUUAGAUAUUUGGCAAGAUUAUUAUUAGUUCAUGGACGUUGGUCAUACAAAAGAUUAGCAGAAAUGAUUCCAACUUUUUUCUAUAAAAACGUUAUUUUCACAUUAGCAUUAUUUUGGUAUGGUAUUUAUAAUCAAUUUGAUGGGUCAUAUUUAUUCGAAUAUACUUAUUUGAUGUUUUAUAAUUUAGCAUUUACAUCAUUACCAGUCAUAUUCAUGGGUAUUUUUGAUCAAGAUGUUAAUGAUGUUAUUUCAUUAUUAGUUCCACAAUUAUAUAAAGCAGGUAUUCUUAGAUCUGAAUGGACAAUGAAGAAAUUUUGGUUUUAUAUGAUUGAUGGUAUUUAUCAAUCUGUUAUUUCAUUCUUUUUCCCAUAUAUUUUAUAUUAUAAGACUGGUCUUGUUACAUAUAAUGGGUUAAACUUGGAUCAUCGUUAUUGGAUUGGUACACUUGUUGCUUCAAUUGCUGCAAUUUCUUGUAAUUUAUAUAUUUUGAUGCAUUUAUUCACAUGGGACUGGUUUUCAUGUUUAUUCAUCUUUUUAUCAAUUAUUAUUGUUUUCGGUUGGACAGGUAUUUGGAGUUCUGCAUUAACAUCUGCAGAAUAUUAUAAAGCAGGUGCUCAAGUUUAUGGAUCAACAUCAUUCUGGGCUUGUUUACUUGUUGGUAUUAUCAUGUGUGUAUUACCAAGAUUUAUUUAUGAUGUCGUUCAAAAAUACUUCUAUCCAAAAGAUGUUGAUAUUAUUAGAGAAUGUUUCGAUAGAGGUGAUUUUAGUCAAUACCCUGCAAAUUAUGAUCCAACUGAUCCUGAUAGACCAAAAAUUUCUAAAUAUUCUGCUGAUUAUUCAGUUGAAAACCAAAUUGUUCAAAACUCUAAAUCUACACCAGGUUCUGCUGGUCCAACUUCACCAAUGUCAUCAAAACAUAAAAAUUCAUCAAUUUUCAAAAGACAAUCAUUUUCUAAGAAUUCAAGAAAAUCAAAAGAAUAUCCAAUUGAUUAUGAUCAAGAAUUAGAUACUGAAGAAAUUUCAAUGAAUCAAUAUGUUGAUGCAAGUGGUACUCCAAGAUUUACCGAAAAUGAACAAAGAUUCAACAACAUUGAUGAAAGAGUACAACGUCACGAAGAUGAUGAUGAUGAUGAUAUAAUAGAACGUUAUGCCCCAAGAACAUCAUUAGAUAGAACAAGAUUAUCAAUGCAAAGAGAUAGACAAGGACAACCAAGACAAAGUGUUGAAAAUGCUAGAACCUCAUUAGACUUACCAGGAUUAACAAGAGCUGAAACAUUAAUGAGUAAUAGAAGUAAUAAAUAA